AUACUUUUCUUCAUCGGAAAAUGCGUCUACAACUUCUUCUUCCACCCCCUGGCGUCAUAUCCUGGUCCAUGGCUCAGCCGCGCCACACGGUUGCAUUAUAUCUAUCACCAACUGGCCGGUGAUCUCCCAUACAAGACUCUCGACUGGCACAACACCUAUGGCGAGGUCGUCCGGGUGGCUCCAGAUGAGCUGUCUUACAAUUCCAGUCGCGCUUAUCACGAUGUCCAUGUAUGGCGAGACAACGAUCUGCGCAGCGGUUUGGAGAAGGACAAGACAUGGUAUUCUCAGUCAAUAAAUUCCGUGCCUGUCAUUGUAGAUCACGGCCGAUUGAGGGGAAUCAUGGUCCAUGCCUUCUCCGACAGAGCGCUGGCCCGUCAGGAACCAUUGAUCACUUCCUACGUUGGGCUCCUCAUUCGCCGUCUUCGCAAGCUUCCCAUCGACCAGCCGAUUGAUAUGGUUCCCUGGUUCACCAGCACGGCCAUGGACGUCAUUUUGGACCUGUCCUUUGGCAAGUCCGUCGGGUGUCUGGAGAACACGGUCAACGGAGAGCUGCAUCCCUGGGUCCGGUUGACCAGCGGCCAUGUCAAGCAGGGGCUGUAUGUUCAAGCAUGGCGCCGUCUGCCUGCCUUUAUAUCACGAAACGCUCUUGUCAAUCUGGUGUUGGCUCGGAUAGGACGGGUCUGGAUGGAGCAGUUCCAGGUGACUAGGCGAAUGGCUGGCGAGCGUAUCGCUGCCGGCACGGGAAGAGAAGAUUUCGUCACCCACCUCCUCCGCGAAAACUCCGAAAAAGACGGCAUGACAAUCCCAGAGCUGGAAAUCGCCUCCUCCAUCUUCAUGACAGCCGGCAGCGACACCAACGCCACCCUAAUUUGCGGCUGUCUCUUCUAUGCGCUACGAGACCCCAUGAUCUGGUCUCGGCUGGCAAACGAGAUUCGCGGUUCUGUCACCCAAGAAUCGGAGAUGACUUUCACCCGUCUUCAGAAGCUACCCUUCCUCAACGCUGUCAUUGAAGAAGCUCUGCGCAUUUACGUCGUCGUUCCCACUACGUUCCCCCGACGGACUCCCGCAAGGGGCGCCACGAUCUGUGGCCGCUUUGUCCCAGGUGACUACGCCGUGGGUGUGAACGGAUAUGCGGCCGCGCUGAGUGAGAAGAACUUUGCGCGCGCGAGUGAGUUCCAUCCGGAGCGGUGGUUAGCAGAACCUGAUCCCCGAUUUGAACGAGACGACAAGAAGGCGCAUCAGCCGUUCUCGACGGGGCCGAGGAAUUGCCUGGGGAAGAGCAUGGCGUUGGCUUUUGCGAGAAGUGUAAUUGCUCGACUAGUGUGGAACUUUGAUGUCCAGCUGGCACCAGACAGUCGGGAUUGGGCUGCUAAUCAGGAUGUCUAUGUCAUGUUUGUCAAGCCACCGUUGAUGUGUUGGUUGAAGCAGAGAAACAGUACCUAG